UUAUCUCCAUCAGAUUACCAUCAGUUCACUCUGGAUCUGAACACAGUGAAUAAACGCCUCCAUCUGUCUGAGAGGAACAGAGUGAUUACUGUCACUAAAACAGAUCAGCCGUAUCCUGAUCAUCCAGAAAGAUUUGAUUAUUAUCUUGAGGUGUUGUGUAGAGAGAGUGUGUGUGGACGCUGUUACUGGGAGAUUGAGUGGAGUGGUGAUGAUGUUUUUGGUGUGUCUAUAUCAGUGUCAUAUAAGAGCAUCAGCAGGAAGGGACGAGGUUAUGAGUGUUGGUUUGGAUAUAAUGAUCAGUCCUGGAGUUUGAUCUGCUCUUCCUCCAGUUACUCAUUCAAACACAAUAACAUAGAAACUGAACUCCCUGAAGAGUUCAUCAGCCGUAGAAUAGGAGUGUAUGUGGAUCACAGUGCAGGAACUCUGUCCUUCUACAGCAUCUCUGGAGACACAAUGAGCCUCAUCCACACAGUCCAGACCACAUUCACUCAACCGCUCUAUCCUGGGUUUUGGAUUGGUUCUGGAUCAUCAGUGAAACUGUGUUGAUGAAUCAGAAUAGACGUUAGAGAGAUUCUAGAGAGAUGUUAUUGAUGAGCUUUGCUACUUCCUGCUUCACUACUGUUUGGACGCUCUUGCUUACAGCUCCGCGCUUUGCUCUAUUGCUUUUAUAUUUUAUCUCCUAAUUUUAACUACAGCAAAUCAGCACAGUGCUCAAACGACAAAUCUUGGCACCAACAAACUUUUUAACUAAAAGAUUGCUACAAAAAGGGGGAAUUUUUAUCCGACCAACCUCCCACUGACAGCAGCCAUCAGCUUACAUUCCGGAGAAGGGAAAACACAGCUGCCUACAUCCAAAAGGAUUAGAAAUAAUAUGCCUCCUCUGAUUGAAGAAUCUACCUGCUGCACAAACUGCACAGACUUCUACAAAGGAUUGCAGUUCUUGAAACAAAGUUACUUGCGGGACUACCAAACCAGGAGGAACACACAACAGAGCUUCAUCAUGGACGUCCUCAGCACAGUCGGUGAGUCCCAUGAAUCUAAUGCUCCUAAACAGGCCAUACUGAGUGCCGUAACUGAUCAACAUACUAAUCGAUGGCACAAACGGAGCAAGACCCAAAGGCACUUGAGACAUCAGAUUGUUACGAGUAUCACAUAUUAAUGCAGUAGCAUCCUCUACUCCAAACACUAGCUCCCUACCACCGCCAAUACAUCUGGAGAACAGAUUUGAAGUGUUAAUGAAUGUGGGUGAGGAAUCUCCAGACAUGAUGAAUGUGGGUGAUGAAUCCCCAAACAUGAUCGGACACAGAUCAAAUCAGCCAGCAGCUAACACCGAUGCUAACUGCCGCUCAAGGUCGAGCAGACAGCGGCACUCAGCUCAUAGAGCAGCCGAGCCCAGGACUCUGAUAGUGGGUGACUCUAUUAUCAGAAACAUUAGCAGCAGGGAUACAACUACAUGCUGCCUUCCACAAGCAACAGUUUCUGAUGUAAACAGGGAACUUAAGAGCAUUCUGGUGAAAUAUAAGACUGCAAAUCGACUAA